AUGCGUAUCUCAGGUGUACUGCGGAGGCAGGUGUUAUCAUAUAUGGAGUUGCAGCAGUACGUCACUGCAUGUUAUUGGGCUGACAAACUUGUUUGCUUAGAAAAAUAUCGUCCGGAAGAUGUUUUACUAUACGCCAAAGCGUUAUACCACAGCCGACAAUACCAUCGUGCAAUUGUUUUAAUUCAAAAUUGCAAGGAUUUAAAACGAUCACUUAUUUGUCGUUAUUUCAUUGCCCAAUGUUAUUACGCUUGUUCAGAGUAUAACAAGGCUUUGGAAAUACUUGAACAACCUGAUAACUCUACUAAUAUUAGUUCAUUGGCUGCGUGUUCAUUGUCGAAACAACUAUUCACACAAUUACACGGUGAAAAUGUUGACAAUGAAACUUCAUCAAAACAGCUGAAUAAUGUUGAAUCUGAUGAAUUAAUCAAUGAAUUUACUUCAGAACAUCUUCAAAGUAGCAUAGCAUUAUUAAAAGGAAAAUUGUAUGAAUUAAUGGACAAUAGAUCAUUAGCAAUACAAUUUUAUAAAGAAGCUUUACUUCUUGAUGUAACAUGUUAUGAAGCUUUUGAAAAAUUAGUACACCUUCAGUCAAUUAGCUCAGAGGAAGAGUCUCUGUUAUUAAGUGAAUUAAACUUUGUUGAACACCUUAAUCCACUGAUGGGUAAAUUAACUGAAUUCCUCUAUAAGGAUAAAUUGAAUAAGAGUUCAGUUUCAGAAGAUAAAAUACCUGAUGAAUUUGCUUCUUUAAACGACAAUGUUGAUAUUAUAGUUAACAAAGCUGGACGUAUGUUGGAUAUGUGCAGAUUUUACGAGUGUUAUAAUAUUACUUCAAGACUAAUGCGAUCAGAUCCAUAUAAUCUUGCAUGUCUACCAAUUCAUAUAUCUGUUUUAAAGGAGUUGGAGAAAUCCAAUGAACUCUUUAAAAUAUCUCAUGAGCUUAUGGAUGUGUAUCCCACCAGCGCACUUGCAUGGUUUUCAGUUGGUUGUUACUAUCUAAGCAUUAAUAAGAAUGAACUUGCCAGACGACAUCUUGUAAAAGCUUCACAAUUAGAUAGAAGGUAUGGUCCUGUAUGGCUUACACUUGGACAUGCAUUUGCUGCAGAUGGUGAGCAUGAUCAGGCUAUUUCUUCCUACUGCACAGCUGCUCAAGUUAUUCGAGGCUCACAUAUUCCUAUAAUGUACAUUGGUAUAGAGUAUAGUGCUAGUAAUAAUCGUAAUCUGGCUGAACGAUUUCUCAAUGAAGCCUAUCUGCUUAGUCCAACUGAUCCAUUUGUUUUACAUGAAUUAGGCACAUUGGCGUUUGAAUCACAAAAGUAUGUAGAUGCUACAAGAUUUUUGGUUCGAGCGUAUGAAAAAGCCUGUGAAUUAAGCGGACAAGUCCCGUCACCAUUUUGGGAACCUUUGGUUAAUAAUCUUGCACAUUCAUAUAGAAAAAUGGGACUUUACAAUCAAGCCAUAGCUAUGCAUGAGUUGGCACUUCGCCUCGUACCUGAGUCUCAGACAACACUUGCAAGUCUAGCUAUGGUUCAUGCCAUCAGUGGUAACCUCGAGGUUGCGGUGGAUUAUCUCCAUCGUUCUGUUGGAGUUCACUCGGGUAACUGUGGUUUAACUUCAAGUAAUAUAGCAUCUACAAUGCUGAAUGUGUGUAUUGAGGCAUUAACGGGAAAAGGACCUUAUGCUUCUGGUCAAAAAGUUGGAAGAGAUAUCCCAGAUACGCUUCCUGAACAACUCUUUCCACCUGCUGGACCUGGAAGUCUUCCUGGAUCUGAUCGAAUCCGCUUUAAAAAACCAAUAAACGAAAUUUCUAAAUCCACGAAGCCAGCACUUCAAUUAGAUGUUAAUUACCAAGCCAAGCCUGUUGAUAUGACUAAUUUAUCGCCAAACACAAGUGACGAGGAUGCAUCUAUGGAUCUUGGCUAA